CAGUAGUCUUUAUUAUGCUUUAAGACAAGUAAUUCUACAUUUUAAGACCUUUCAUAUUUCUUUAAACAACUAAAUUUCAGUAUAGAACCCAUGAUAAAUUCUUAGUCAAUUAUAAAAUUCAUAAAUGUCUUUCGAGUAUUACACAAACUGGUGGAUUAAAUCCAAAAAAAAACUAGAAGAUCUUACUAGCAGAGAUGAAGAAAUUAGAAAAAAAUACAAACCAAUCACUGAUCGAAACCUAGCAAACGAACUAAUUGGGGGAAUGUAUGCCAAGUACAGUAUGCUGGUGCAGGACCUAUGCGCUUGUGUGGAUCAAAUGGCUCAACCCCAAAAAAGAAUGGCAGCUAAAAAACUUGUUGAUUCCGCCUGCAUUCGGCUUAAUGAAUUUAAUGAUGAGUUGAGAAAAAUUAGUUUAUCUGAAUAUCAUUGCAUUGAUGGCACCUUAGUUGAACUAAAGCUUAUUCCUUACGAUGUUGAAAUCCUACAUCCUUGCUUAUUUCAUCAUAGACCAGUGAAUAUUGAAGAUAUGAUUCAAAGAAUAAAGAAAGGAGAGCGUAUUUUUGAACCACCAGUUCCUACUGUUAUAAUUUCAGAUACAGAAGUCAAUAACGAACUUAAAGGCAAACCAACAAAAUCGGUAGUAUUUGACACCAAUCCUUCUAAAGAUGAAGUUCAAUUGGAAAAUAAAAAUCCUCAACAACAAGAUGAAGAAGCUAAGAAAAGUAUUUCUGUGGCAGCCGAAGAAGGUAAAACCAUAAAGAGUAGUUUGAAACCAAGAGCUUCGGAAGCGAACAAGCAAGAUAGUUUAACUCUGGAAGAGAAAGAAAAAAUUGCACUAGAAGAAAGAAUACAUAAAUCAAUAAUUAUGAUUCAAACUGCGGAAAGAGCUAGACAAGAUCGAUUGUAUUUUUAUGAAAAAAACCUUAUUUAUAUGAGACAUCAAGCUAUGCGCCAGCCAGGAUUUAAAAAAGAACCAACAAAGCCAAUAGAUCCAGAAAUCUCUGGAGCAGCAGCAACACAAAUUCAAAAAUUGUGGAGAGGGUACCAUGAUAGAAAUAUUAUGAAAUUUAAUGAAAACAAACGGAGAUUAUUAAUAGGCAUGAAUGAGCCAAGUUGGAAGUCGAGAGAACAAUUUGAUAUAAUGGAAGCAAAUUUAGAGAAGCGUAGGCAGUAUAGGGAUGAAAAAAUUAAGGAAUAUAUUAAGGCUAUAGAUGAUGAGAAAGCCAGAAUUUUGAGAGUUGUCGCACCAGGAUUGCUGGAGGAUAUUGAAGACGAAAUUAGAGAAUGGUUUCACCAAUGGUACGUCGGAGCACGAACAUUUGAUACAUAUCCACCAGAAGAAAAAGGCGGUACGGUAAUUGUUGUUAGAGGAGAAACAAUGACCCCAAAAGAAUAUUUGGAUGAAUAUGAACGAAAGAGGCGUGAAAAAGUUAAAGCUGGUGGUGCUGAAGCUCUCAAAGCUAAAAAGGCCAAAGAAAAAAAAGCUAAAGAAGAAGCUGAAAAAAAGAAAAAGGAAGCUGAAAAGAAGCGAAAAGAAGCAGAGGCAAAGAAAAAAAAGAAAAAGAAGCCUGGUGACUACGAAUUAGAAUAUACAGAGACAUUAUCAAAGGCCUUAAGAGAUGUUGGAAAAGAAGAGUUCGAGAAAAUUUGGAAUGAAAGAAACCCUUUUGAUAAUCCAGAAGAAACUUAUUACAUUGAUCUGAUCACUGAGAAACAUUGUUACGAGACUCAGUUGGAAAUUAGGAAGCAGGCAGAUGCCCUUAUGAGGUUAGAGUUAGACAUGCUUCAAGAAGCCUUAGCAAAAGAUAAGGGAAAAAAAUAUAAAAAAAAGAAGCAAAAGAAAAAGCGUAAGGGUAGGAAAAAGGGUAAAAAAGAUAUUACUGCAGAUAGAAUGAUAGAAGAUUUAUUUCAAGAACUAGUUGAUAAUGGAAUUAUUAGAAAUUACCCCAAAGCAAAACUGGAGGAUUUCUUGGGAGAUUUUAGCUAUAAAAAUACUGAACUGAGGAUGCAGGAGUUUGAUCCACCACCUACUAUUCUAGAUGUUCGGCAAGCUAUUACAUUGAGCUGCAUCCAACCUCUUGGGGUGGAAACUAUGAAAAAACCCAGGUCGGUUUUGAUAGCAGGUCCGAGGCAAUCAGGACUUCAUCUUUUAGCUAACGCCAUUUUUAAUCAUACUAAUUGUGUCCUAUUUGACUUAUCGCCAGAAGUAACAGCUGGAAUUUAUCCAGGAACCAAGGGUCUAGCAAUGCUGAUUCACCUGGUAGUUAAGAUGUCGAAACUUCUACAACCAUCAAUAAUUUAUUUUGAAAAAGCUGAGAGAAUAUUUUACAAAAAGGUACCAAAGGACGAAAAAGAUCUUGAGCCUAAAAGACUGGGAAAUAAAGUUGUAAAAGGCAUAAUUAAAACUAUAAAGCCAGAAGAUCGAGUUUUAGUUUUGGGAAUUACUCACGCUCCCUGGUUAGGACAAGCUGGAAAGAUAAAGAAGGCAUUUGAAAGGGCCAUUUUGGUACCAAGGCCAGACUACGGAAGUGUUUAUUUAUGGUGGCGUCAAUUACUUAUGCCCUAUCCAGGUGUAAAUAGAGAUUUCAACUUUACCAGUAUAUCUACAGUAACUCUUUAUCAACCUUAUUAUAUUAUUAAACAAGUGAUUGAUAAGGUUAUGACUCCAAGGCGAAUAAUUCAACUCAAGUAUAAGCCAUUAACAUCACAGGAGUUGUAUGAAGUAUUUAUUUCAAAUGGACUGGAGCCCAUCAAUGAUAAGGAAUGGAAAAAAUACAUUAAAUGGUACAACAAGACACCCCUAGGAAAAGAAAGGGCGGUAUUUAAUAAAUGGGCAGAAGGCAAGAGGGAGAUAGAAAGAAAACAGCAGGAAAAGCAGCAGAAAGGAAAAUGAUUUCUUCUUCUGAUUACGUUUUUAAUUAAGUCUUAAACUUGUUCUUUUGUUCAUUUAUUCUUUUAAAAAAGUUUUUGCUUUUAAUUUAAUAAAUGAUCUCAUUAAGAAGACAA